GCAACAUGCCAGGCUUAGCUGAUUUUAGUCUGAGCCAACACCCGCUGCUGCUACCCUGGGCCCAGGCAAGCCACUGACAGAGAUCCUGCCUGCCACCACUGGGUCUAGAGAUGGCUAGCAAUUUCACCACACCUCCCACAACUCCUCAGGGAAAUGACUGUGACCUCUAUGCACACCAAGACACAGCCAGGAUAGUAAUGCCUCUGCAUUAUAGCCUCGUAUUCAUCAUCGGGCUGGUGGGAAACCUACUGGCCUUGGUUGUCAUUGUCCAAAACAGGAAAAAAAUCAACUCUACCACCCUCUAUUCCAUGAAUCUGGUGAUUUCUGACAUCCUUUUCACCACGGCUUUGCCAACGCGGAUAGCCUACUAUGCACUGGGCUUUGACUGGCAGAUGGGUGACGCCCUGUGCAGGAUAACAGCUCUGGUGUUCUACAUCAACACUUACGCCGGGGUGAACUUCAUGACCUGCCUGAGCAUCGACCGCUUCAUUGCCGUGGUGCACCCUCUCCGCUACAACAAGAUGAAGAGAAUUGAGCAUGCCAAAGCUGUGUGCAUAUUUGUCUGGAUUCUGGUCUUUGCUCAAACUCUCCCACUACUCAUCAGCCCCAUGUCCAAGCAGGAGAAUGAAAGGAUCACUUGCAUGGAGUAUCCCAAUUUUGAAGACACAGAGUCUCUUCCCUGGAUUCUACUGGGUGCGUGUUUUAUUGGAUACGUGCUUCCACUCAUGAUCAUCCUCAUCUGCUACUCGCAGAUCUGCUGCAAGCUCUUCAGAACUGCCAAACAAAACCCACUCGCAGAGAAAUCUGGUGUAAACAGAAAAGCCCUCAACACAAUCAUUUUCAUCAUUGUCGUGUUUGUUCUCUGCUUCACGCCCUACCACGUGGCAAUUAUCCAACACAUGAUCAAGAAACUUCACUUCUCUGACCUCCUCGAGUGCCACCAAAGGCAUUCAUUCCAGAUUUCUCUGCACUUCACGGUGUGCUUGAUGAACUUCAACUGCUGCAUGGACCCUUUUAUAUAUUUCUUUGCAUGUAAAGGGUACAAGAGAAAGGUCAUGAAGAUGCUGAAACGUCAAGUCAGCGUAUCAAUUUCCAGCGCAGUGAGGUCAGCUCCCGAAGAAAAUUCACGUGAAAUGACAGAGUCGCAGAUGAUGAUACACUCCAAGACUUCAAAUGGAAAGUAAAGGGACCGCAUCCUCCCUGGACUUGGUAUGAACUCUGUAGGACUUCUCUCCCAAAGUAAAACAACUAUUCAGCUUCCAAUCAGGAUGCCUUUCAAAUGGACACUAUUUCCCACCAUCAAUGGAUAAACUGAUUGAGAAACAUCAAGUUUAAGCUCAAGAGAACAGUAUAAAGCAAGUUCUAAUUCAUAAAUGAAAUAAUACUGUAUCAAAAGGAAGCUCUCUAACUCUUGGUGAAGAAAAAGUUUUACAUUAAUAAAAAAUCAUUAAUAUUUCCUGCCAAUAAUGUGGCAAGAGACUGAUAGAUUGUAUAUUAUCAGUGUAAAAAUGUUAAUAUUGUAAUAUAUUUUGGUAACAUAUUUCCUUUUUUAUACUUUUAUUGUAUUUGUUUAUUUUUAUGUGGUUCCCAGGAUCAAACCCAGUGUCUCACACAUGCUAGGCAAGCGCUCUACCACAGCCCUGGCCUGGUAACGUAUUCCUUAAAUGCAUAUUUCCUUCCAUUUUAGAUCUUUGUCUCCUCAAUAAUAUGGUUUUUAUUUUGUUUUGUUCUGAGUCAUAACUGUUUCAAAGAACACUUCUGGAAUAAAAAGUAGGAAGCUACAGA